CCGGGACCCUGCCAUUCCGAGUUGAAAUCUUGCGGCGUUCGCACGCUAUAAUUCGGUUGUCAAUACUCCGUAGCACCGUAGCGGUCGGCCUACGAAGCGCGCGCGCAGUGCGUCUGAACAUUUUGUGACAGAAAUGGAUAGCAAGAACGUGCAAAAUGUAGAGGCCGGCAAUGACGCCGGGCCCGAAUCCAAGCCGCUGCGGCCCGCUACCGGGACGACGUCCAUCAUCGGACUGUCCGAUGUGACGGACAACAAGCUGAUCUGGCGGCAACUGGUGGCCGAGCUGCUGGGGACGUUCUUCCUCACCUCCAUCGGUGUGGCGUCCUGCAUCACCAUCUCCGAGGGCAACGCGCCGCAGGUCACCAGCAUCGCGCUGUGCUUCGGGCUGCUCGUGGGCUCCAUUGUUCAGGGUAUCGGCCACGUGUCUGGGGGUCAUAUAAACCCCGCCGUGACGUGCGGGCUGCUGGCGGCGGGCGACAUCAAGCUGCUGAAGGCGGUGUUCUACAUCGUCGUGCAGGCGCUCGGCGCCGUCGCUGGGGCAGCCUUCAUACGGUUGGCGAUCCCUGAUGCCAGUGUCAAUUCGUUCGGUAUGACGCUGCCCGGAGCCGGUGUGACCGACGGUCAAGCGGUGCUGGUGGAGGCUCUCAUCACGUUUAUCCUCGUGCUGGUUGUGCAGGGUGUCUGCGACGCGCGCCGCAACGACCUCAAGGGCUCCGCGCCGCUCGCCAUUGGUCUCAGCAUCACCGCCUGCCAUGCUGCUUGUAUCCCGUUCUCCGGGUCGAGCAUGAACCCGGCGCGGUCGUUGGGCCCCGCACUUGUCAUGGGCAACUGGACCUCGCACUGGGUAUACUGGGUGGGUCCAAUCACGGGUGGAGUGGUGGCCGGUCUAGUGUACAAAUACGUCCUCCGCAUCGGCAAGAGCGGCGACAGCGGAUCCUACGACUUAUAAGUGCUAUAACUUUAUAGGACUCUUAUAAGACCUUUAAGUUUAUUGGACUUGUUAUACGAUCUAUAACAUUUAAAUAUGACUUGUUUUUAUGAGUUCUAUAAACGUUUAUAGGACUUGUAAAACUAAGUAUACGAAAAUUGGUUAUUUGAAACAACUUGACGAAAUUAUAUUUAUGUAUGUACGGUUUGAAUGUAAAUAGAUACAGUGCGGUCGAGGAACACUUAAAAUUUCGGUCAUUAACUCAUUGCUUGCCUCUAUCUGUCGUACAGGCAGGGUCCCCGCUACCAUAUGUGCAAUGUGAGCAAUACACACAGGCGCCAUCCUCUAG